AAAGCGCAUUGGCCAAAUGACCUCGGCAGUGUUGUCGGUGAAAAUCACCGCAGCGUUUGCCACGUCGAUUUAAAAGAGAUAUUUGCUUUAUCUGUUAGUUCAUGUUAUUGUUAUAGCUUACUACCUCGCUGUUUGUUCCUAAAAUAUGUUAAGUGCAGGUGGCAGCAGACUGCAUGCGCAUCGAUGCGCAGUGGACACACGCGAACAGUACGUGUCCGUUGACAUAAUUUAUUGCUUAUUCAAUAUAGCCUAUAUUCGGACCACUGACAAGUACUGAUUCUCAGAAUUACAAACCAACUGUACGAUGCCUUUAGGAGAGGAUGAAAAUGGAUGGAAAAAGAAGACAACUGAUAUCAAGGGGAAUUACGAUUUCAAGGAGGUCUUGGGAACGGGAGCGUUCUCUGAAGUUUUCCUGGCCGAGGAGAAGAAGACCCAGCGACUCGUAGCAAUUAAAUGCAUCCCUAAGAAAGCUUUGGAGGGAAAGGAGAACAGCAUUGAGAAUGAGAUUGCUGUGCUACACAGAAUAAAACAUGAGAAUAUUGUUUCACUGGAGGACAUCUUUGAGAGUCAAUCACAUUUGUACUUAGUCAUGCAGCUGGUAUCGGGGGGAGAGCUGUUUGACCGGAUCGUUGAAAAGGGCUUCUACACCGAGAGAGAUGCCAGCAAACUUAUUCGCCAGAUUUUAGAUGCAGUCAAGUAUCUCCAUGAUAUGGGCAUUGUGCACAGAGAUCUGAAGCCAGAGAAUCUGUUGUAUUACAGUAUGGAAGAAGACUCCAAUAUCAUGAUCAGUGACUUCGGCCUGUCUAAGAUCGAGGAUUCAGGAAGCGUGAUGUCAACCGCCUGUGGCACGCCUGGAUACGUGGCUCCUGAGGUCUUGGCCCAAAAGCCAUACAGUAAAGCUGUAGACUGUUGGUCCAUAGGAGUGAUUUCUUAUAUUUUAUUAUGUGGAUAUCCUCCAUUUUAUGAUGAAAUCGAUGCCAAACUGUUUGAACAGAUUUUAAAAGCAGAAUAUGAAUUUGACUCGCCUUACUGGGACGACAUCUCUGACUCAGCCAAGGAUUUCAUCAGUCACUUGAUGGAGAAAGAUCCAUGUUUGAGAUACACAUGUGAACAGGCUUUACAGCAUCCCUGGAUUUCUGGAGAUACAGCUCUGGACAGGAACAUUCACGAGUCUGUUAGUGCACAGAUCAAGAAGAACUUUGCCAAAAGUAAAUGGAAGCAAGCGUUUAAUGCGACAGCGGUGGUCAGACACAUGCGGAGACUGCAGCUGAGCACCAGCCUAGAGGGGCCGAGCCAAAUCAACACCACCAGCUCAUAUCACAGACACCUGCUCCUCCCCGCAAAAGAGCUCGAGCAGGAGGAAGAUGAAGAGGAGGAGGAGGAAAAGAAUGCAGUACCUGUUCUGGCCUGUAGGUGGGGCUGUUUUCAAUCAGCAGAAUCUGAUUCAGAGUUUUCUCAGGUUCUCCCACCACAGACGGACGUCGGGGUAGUGCCGAUAGAGAGAGUCUCAGAAGCUGUGCUUACUGCUGUCGACCAACCAGCAGGAUCUGAAAUAGAUCUCUGAACCCAGCGGAACCCACAAAUGCACUUCUAUCGCACCAGUCUGACCCGGAACACAGAGAGAAGUUUCCUGGUAACAUGCACUUGAUGGAGCUAGUACUGAUGGUGGGAAACUCAAAUCAGAAAUGAGACCUGUGGCUUUAAACAGUCAAACAGAAAUUAACUCCUCUGUUUUAACCCUCGUUUAUUUUGUCUGAUUUAUAUUUACGUAGCACGACCAAAGAGAGUUUUAGUUGUGUAUGGGUUAUAAUGUAAGUUCAUUAUUUUUUUAAAGAGUCACAAGAAGGCAUAACACUUUCAGGUGUCGUCCCCGUAGCAUUUUGGACUUUCUUGGAAAGCCACUAGUUGUAAUGUCCAAAUAAGCCCAACUUUUAUAAAGAUUUGCUUAGGCAAUUUAAGAUCAAUUUAAAGUCACGUUGUCUUGUUUUUAAUCUUUUCUCGCCUUAAUCCGAUGUGUUCUUUGUUUUGUGAGUUCUGUUGGAUGUAGUUGUUUGAAUUCUUGAUUUUGUGCUCUGGUUUAGACUGGUUGUCUAGUGCAGAGUUUCUUAGGCUGGGUGCAUUUUUGACACCCAGAUAAACUACAGUCACAAACCUGGGUAAUCUCUCUUUUCAAUAUUUUAUUUCAGUCUAAUUUUAGACUGUGGGCCAAAAACAACCCACUCUCUGAGUCCGAAGCAAGCCAAACCCAAGUGAGCUGCCUAUUCUGAAAGAAUUUUUACAGCACCUGGCACAAGUUAACUCACCAGGUUUUGGAACAAAGCAGUCUUUUAUUUAUAUUAUUUAUUGAUAUAUGAUUAUGAGUUUUUCCAGGUUGAGGUGAGGGGAGUUUGGACGUGGUGGUGAAAUAUUGUGGUGGGAUGCAUGUCGUGUGAGCUGGUCGUUUUGUAAAGGUUCUUUUGUUGGGUUUCUGGCCAUAAUCUGUACUGUUCUCAUGUACAGAAGACGUCUAAUGUUUGCAUGACCUCGUAAAUAUGUUUACAAGAGCGAUGAACAAAAUAAAAAUAUACACAUUACUGUCAGUAAAACUAUGCGGAUGAGCAAAAUAUGACAGAUAAUAUUGCUCAUAAAGUGAUGUAGAUAGAGGCAUAUGAUAUUUUGGCACUUGACUGAAUCUGUAUCUUUUGUCUUUUCUUUGUGGAAUAUAAAUGUUAUAUUUUAAAGCGAAAAUGCACAUUUAAGAAUAUUUGGAGUGCGGGCCUAAACUGGAUUUCUUCUAAAAUAACAAUGCAAGACCGUUUAUUACCUUGUUUAUCAGUAUAUCAUAUUUGUGCCAAUGAGAGCACUACUUGAAGCCAACUGUAACCUUCUUUGCAAAUUCACCCCUCAAAGUCAUUUUUCUUGCAAAACUUGACUUAAAAAUAGUAGUUAUGAUAAAUAUUGACAUCUAAAAAAUUCUGUUUCAACUCAUAGUUUGUUGAAAUAUGGACAUACCCAACCACUGGCUUAAAUUAACCCAGAAUUUGUCCAUAUUUGACCCAACCAUGUUGAAACAACCCAGCAUUGUUUUGAAGCGUAAACAUACAUUUUGUCAGAAUAUAUAUAUAUACUGUAUAUAUCUCAUCUUGUUUCACGUGAACGUAUGCACACUUGGCGAUUUCGCAAGGAAGAGGAGACACAAAUACAGUAUGUGUAUUUUCCAUGGAAGAUGAUGUAUACAUGUAUUGUGUAUCUUUUUUUGUAAAAGCUACAAUGUAUCGAUGCAAUGCAUCAUGUGUUAUCGAUGAAGUCGAUAAGCAAGAGCCAAUGAUUUGUACCCUUGAAGAUAAACAGGCCGUAGCACGUUAUGAAUAAACACUCCUUGUCUAUG